GCUAGCCCUAGUUGUCAUGGCUCGCACGAAGCAGACGGCGCGCAAGUCGACGGGCGGCAAGGCCCCGCGCAAGCAGCUGGCCACCAAGGCGGCCCGCAAGAGCGCGCCGGCCACCGGCGGCGUCAAGAAGCCGCACCGCUACCGGCCCGGCACGGUGGCCCUGCGCGAGAUCCGCCGCUACCAGAAGUCCACCGAGCUGCUGAUCCGCAAGCUGCCGUUCCAGCGGCUGGUGCGCGAGAUCGCGCAGGACUUCAAGACCGACCUGCGCUUCCAGAGCUCGGCCGUGAUGGCGCUGCAGGAGGCGUGCGAGGCCUACCUGGUGGGGCUCUUCGAGGACACCAACCUGUGCGCCAUCCACGCCAAGCGCGUCACCAUCAUGCCCAAGGACAUCCAGCUGGCGCGCCGCAUCCGUGGGGAGCGGGCAUAAAGCUUUGUAGCGUUCUCCGUACACCCUACCCCAAAGGCUCUUUUCAGAGCCCCUCCAUUGUCACCAGAAAAGAGCUGUUAAACUUGUAGGGAAUAUACGGUAGGCUCGGGAACAACACGGGGCGGUUUCCAAUAGCUCCUGUGCCACACCAGGCGUGUGCUCCCGAAGACUGCAGGAGGUGGCUGUGCUGUGAAUCGGGAGGUUUCGCACUCGCUGACCCCCUCCUGGGACUUAGCACAAAGGAGCUGUUUGAACAUAUUGAAACGAACCAGCCAUGCUAGAAAUGAGCUGUUCUGGGCCACGUGAAGUGAUUGAAGGAAAGAAAUUUGAGUCCAGGUUUCUGUGCAUCGUGCAGUUGGCAAGAACCGCUUUACUUUUGUCAAGUAUCCCCAGUGCUUUUACAUCAAGGAAUGGGCCUCAAUUUGCUUCUCUUACUCGGAGGCACAGAACAUGUAGUACCCUCCGUGCUUAAAAAGGCUUCAACGUGAUGUUUGACAAGAAUAGUCUUUUCGGUUUUAUCCAUGUAUGUGAUUGUGGAAAAUGGGCCGACAAUGACCUACAUAUUCUGACCUGCAGGCUGUCCUCUGAAUUCUCAGGAGCUCUAAAAAGCAUAAGGUAUUUCCUUGUUUUAAAAUUGUGCUUCUCAGUGUGAAGUUGGGUUGUGAGGAUUUUUGGGUUUUUUUUUUCAAAAGGAGUCAAACGGAACUAAGAUUUUAAAGCUGUUACUAGUUUCCACAAAAAUAAUGGGUUUCCUAAUAAAUUUGUUGUGUCUAUUAAA